AUGAGUUUGAUGGUUCCUAAAGAGCCGAGAGGAGGACGGUGGCUUGAUCUGGCUUCUGCGCUUAGAGAUAUGAGAUUUGAGGGGCAUAACAGUAACACUCGAGCCUCAGGUAAAACAGGGGUUGGCAAUAACAGAGAACCCUCUGUUCAAAAUUCUGGUGUGAAUCAUGGGCUGCCUUUCCACCUUUGGAAACGAGAAGUCUUUAAGAAAAUUGGAGAUUAUUGUGGAGGUUUUGUUAAUGUUGAUUCACGUUCAUUGAAAAUGCAAAAUUUGUUCAUGGUUAAAUUGAAGAAAAGGAGAAGUUCAAGAGGUAGUAUGCAAUUUUCAUCCACCAGUCGAGAGGUUGAAGAAGACUAUUCAAGUAAAUUGGCAUUAUGUGGGACAAAGAAGGCUGAGGUUGUACAAACUUUCUGUGGUGCAAAAGCGGUAGAUAAGUACAAGGACAUGGGCUCUGUGGAAAAGGAAGCGCACAAUCCUUUUGGUGUUGGGUCUUUCUGCGUUGGGCCUUUAAAACAAAAGACCACUGAUUGGUUCCAAUUUAGGCCAAGUUUUAAUCGACCUCUUGAUCCAUCUGGCAGGAGACUUUCUAGGUCUUCCAUAGUCGAUGUUCAGCACGCAAAGAUUGAUAAAGGGAAAGAACUGGUACAAAAAUUUAUCAAAGGACAGACGGGUUCUCAGGAUAUCAACGAAGAAAAGAGAGAGUUCUUGGAAGGGAGAGGAGCAUCUGGGCUUCUCCUCCUCAAUUUAAAGGAAGACAAUUUUGAUUGUUUCAAUAUUAAUGAAGUUUGUUGUGGCGAAGAGGCAUCCUCCAAUUCAGAGAAAGAGGUUGAAGAUAGCGGUGAUGAUGAUUUUCAAUAUACUGUGGAUGGGUCUAGAGUGGCUGAACUGUCAUUGAUGUGGGUAAUUUGUUUAAUGAGUGUAAAGUUGGAUUUGAUGUUAACGGGCCUAAAUUAUUGGCUAAACCAAGGGCUAGUCCAGGUAAGUUUUCUUGUCCUUCUUUUAGACGUAAUUGGUCUGAAAAAACAUCAAAUUUUGAUGUUGUCAAUUCUGGGGAGUUUGGGGUUGAGCUUUCAAAGAAUUGUGUGUGUGUGUGUGGGUCCUUCUCCUGGUUGCUGUGCUUUGAAAUCUGAUGAUCUUGAGGGUGAAUGUAUAAAGGGUGAUGCUAGGGGACUUGAAAUUCCACUGAGGAGGAUUUUUAAUGCUGGUCUUGGGAAAGAAAUAUGUAUUUUUGAUAAUAGGAAAGACACUAGGGGAAUGAUGGGAGACGGAAAUCUGCAAAGUGAUAUACCUAAGUUGGUUCCUAAUAAGUGCAACAAGAUGUUAUUGGGGAGUGAAGAUGGGGCAGAUGGAGAUUGUUUGAUGAAGUAA